AUGUUUUCCGCCAACUAUUUUUUUCACUACUGUCGGUCUGCGGGUGCUGGGUCUCGAAGGCGGCUUUCGGACGCCAAGGUUGGGAAGACGACCGCGCGCAACUUUUUCUCCCACGACUUUGGAGGUCAGGGGCUGCUUCGCUGCUUCUGGGCCCCCCUAGCCUUUGGAGCGGCGAAGCGACCGCGGAGCAGGCACAUGAGCACUGGCCCGCCGCGGAUGGAGAGGAUCUCGUCGGAGUCCCCCACCAGGAUAGGAGCGCCGUGGUCGCCGAGGCGAUCCACGCCACGCCAACAGCGUGCGCACAGCGAGGACACGCGGCGGCCACCGUCGCCCACGGCGUCGUCCGUAUUCUCGCCUCGGGUGCCAUCGCAACGAGGCGCCUUCUCGCCCACGACGCGCUCGGUCGUCGGCAGGGACGGGGAGACGCCCGCGGACGCCUUUCGCGCACGGCUGCUUGAGCGUCACGCGAGCCUGACGGUCGCCUGGAGGGAAGAGCUGGACGUGCGGCGUGACGGCUGGAUCAGCUUCGAGCAGCUAUGCCAGUUCUGCAGGGCGGUGAAGUUCCACGGCAGCAUCUCAGGUCUCUGGCAGACGCUCGACCCCGGGGGCGAGGGGAAGGUGCGGCUGGAGGACCUCGACCCGGAGGGCGCGCAGCUGCUCGGCAAGUUCUCCUGCCUGCUCGCCGCGUGCUUCGGCGGCUUGUCGGGCGCCGCAUCCCGUGGGCUGGGGCUGGCGGGGGGCAAGCGUCUGCGCUGCGCCGAGCUCUGCCGCGUCCUCGCGGACGAGGGGCUGGCGGAACGACCCGAGGCGUGCACGCUCUUCAGACUGCUGGCAGGGUGGGGCCCUGGUGGCCGGACGCUGGGCGCCUGGGAGCUGGAGAGUGGCUGGAGGCCAUGUCCGACCACCUGCCCCGCCCGACCGGCGAGGGCCGCGCCUCGCCAGGGGCCCUGGCCGAGCCGUGCAGCCCCGCCUUUGCGCCGCCGGCCGAGUCCCCGUUCGGCUGGCUGGCGGCGCGGGAGGGCGCGGCGCCCAGGAGUGUGUGGCGCUGCCCCAGCGGGAGGAGCCCGAGGCCCAGUUCAUCGGUACCCCGGCGCCGGAGGGCCACUUCAUCGGCACUCCUGCGCCGAAGGUCGCCAGUGGCGCGCCGCAGGAGCUGGAGAGCGUCCCCGAGCGGCUUGUGAGGCGCGGCCAGGAGAUCCAGCAGCUGCGGGAGAAGCGCGUGGGGCGCUACCACGCGGAGCAGAUCGGGUGGGCGGAGCACCGCAGGCCAGAUGGGUUUGA